AGGUAUCGCAAUGUCCCAACGUUUGGCCGAGGAACAAUCCGGAGGUUCCAUAGAAGUGCAUGCGACAUGAAACGACUAGCAGCGCGUGACUUUGAGGAUCUACUACAGUGCGCUAUGCCUGUAUUUGACUCAGUCUUCCCAGAUAGAGACCACGGGAAAAUCAUUCUCGACUUAUUAUUUGAGUAUGCUAACUGGCAUGCUCACGCAAAACUACGCCUUCACACCGAUGAUACACUCGAGCUCUUUGACCAAGCAACCGUCACACUGGGUCAGACUACGCGCAAACUGCAAAAGCUGGUUUGUCCUGCUUACGACACACGCGAGCUCCCUUCAGAAACAGGUGCACGACACCGUAGAGCUGCAAAGCUGCACAUCAAAAAUGGUAAAAAUCCUCAAUUACCAGGGAGAGCCCAUGCAGUGGACGCCUCACGGGGUGUCAAGCCAAAGCGCUUGAACUUGGAGACUUACAAGUAUCACGCUCUCGGAGAUCACCCGAACACAAUCCGUCAAGUUGGGACAACAGAUAACUAUACUUCGCAGUUGGUA